AAACGUGUCCUUAAACAUUGUCGCGAGUGUUGAUUACAUUAAAUGGGAAGAAUGAAAGUCGCUCUGUUUUGUGUAUAUUUUGUGAUUUCUGUAUUUGGAAUUUCUGAAGCCUGUAAAUGUGCUGUUCGACAUCCACAGACCAUUAUCUGCCGAUCAGACUUUGCAAUAAAGGCUAAGAUUUUGUACGAGGAUCCAGUCGAUACAUUAUACACGAGAUAUAGAGUGAAAGUCCUACAAAAUUUCAAGAGUGGUUAUGCCCCAUCGAGACGGAAUUCCCGAGUAUGGAUAAAAACUGCGUCAUCGUCGGCGGCCUGUGGUGUAAGAUUCCAGAAGAAAAGUACUUACGUUAUAGCAGGAUCUAGAGAUAGAGAUGGGACACUCAGAGCCAAUAGCUGCUCCUUGAAUCGCAAAGUCCAGGAUAUGACUACAUUUCAACUAUUUGCCUUGAAUAAGAUGGGUUAUCAAAAUAAUUGCAACUGCGAGAUACGGGAAUGUCCUCAUAAUGUGUGCGAGGCUGGGCAGGGCUGUCUUUCUCCUUAUAACAAUUCAGACUGCUACCACAGAACUGCAUUGUGCAGAAGAUCUGGUUCAACCUGUUCAUGGACUCCAAAUGCUUGUUAAACAAAGUCUUUCUGCAUAAUUCUGAAAUAAAUAAACUUAAAUAAAUCACCUAAA